AAUUGCUGAGACACCGAGAUUUCCUCUCUAUCUGCACUCACCAAACCAGAGAGAGAAUCGCACCAACCUCCAAUUCGAGGCGAUCGUCGGAUUAAUGGCGUCGAGCCUCACCAAACACUUCCUCGGAGCUCAAUCGUCCUCCGAUGGACUCGCUCGCCUUGGAUCUCUCCAGUCGCAGCCGUUGCCGCCGUCGCGCAGCCUCCAGCUGCCUGCGCGCCGAUCCAGCGUCAAACGCCUCGAGAUACAGGCUGCGGGAAGUACAUACGGAACCUAUUUCCGUGUAACAACAUUUGGCGAAUCUCAUGGUGGAGGUGUAGGCUGUGUAAUUGAUGGAUGCCCUCCUAGACUUCCCCUCUCAGAAGCUGAUAUGCAAGUAGAUCUUGACAGAAGGAGGCCAGGCCAGAGUAGAAUAACCACCCCAAGAAAGGAGACCGACACAUGCAAAAUUGCUUCAGGGACUGCUGAUGGAUUCACAACAGGAUCUCCAAUUAAGGUAGAAGUGCCCAAUACUGAUCAAAGAGGAAAUGACUACACUGAAAUGUCACAAGCCUAUAGGCCAUCUCACGCGGAUGCAACUUAUGAUUUCAAAUAUGGUGUUAGAUCCGUUCAGGGUGGUGGCAGAUCUUCUGCAAGAGAAACAAUCGGAAGAGUUGCUGCCGGAGUUGUCGCCAAGAAAAUUCUAAAGCUAUAUGCAGGGACUGAAAUUAUUGCUUAUGUUUCACAAGUGCACAAGGUUAUCCUUCCUGAAGGUCUGGUUGAUCAUGAGACUGUGGCCCUUGAUCAGAUAGAGAGCAACAUUGUAAGGUGUCCAGAUCCCGAAUAUGCAGAAAAGAUGAUUGCUGCUAUUGAUGCUGUCAGGGUGAGAGGUGAUUCUGUUGGAGGCGUUGUCACUUGCAUUGUUCGGAAUGUCCCAAGGGGGCUUGGUUCUCCAGUCUUUGAUAAGCUUGAGGCGGAGUUGGCUAAAGCUGCUUUGUCAUUGCCUGCAACAAAGGGAUUUGAGUUUGGCAGUGGAUUCGCAGGUACAUUCAUGACCGGUAGUGAGCAUAAUGAUGAAUUUUACAUGGAUAAGGAUGGUCGAAUUAGGACAAAAACAAACCGAUCUGGUGGGAUUCAGGGUGGAAUAUCAAAUGGAGAAAUCAUCAACAUGAGAAUCGGCUUCAAACCAACAUCGACAAUCUCAAGGAAGCAAAAUACUGUAACUAGAGACAAGCACGACACAGAGCUCAUAGCACGAGGUCGUCAUGACCCUUGUGUUGUUCCAAGAGCCGUUCCAAUGGUGGAAGCAGCCGUAGCCAUGGUGCUCGUUGAUCAACUGAUGGCACAGUAUGCACAGUGUAAUCUGUUCCCAAUAAACCCAGCAUUACAGGAACCCCUCGAACAGCCCCAUGAUGCACAGGCAAAGCUUAACCUAUAAUGGUGCCUCGUUGUCUGGUAUGAGUCUAUUCAUAUUUGAUCGCGUUGUUUAUCAUUUGCCAUUCGGACAAGUGACUGAAGGCAAACUAUCUGCUGCGUUUUUGCUCGAUGUUGUAUGCUUAUUUUUUGUUUAUUCUGAUAACAUUGUGUAUGUACUUUCUAUGUAGUUGGAAUGUUUCCGAAAAUAUCUAUUGCUAGUUUUGGAGACGAAUAAUAUGUAAAAGAAUUUUCGAGUUUGAACUAUACAAAAAUCGUGUACUUUUACUGUUUA